UCUUAAUGAAUCGCCGGUAACCGCGGCUCGCGCUGCGCCCGACUUCUCGCGCUCCCUUAAAAAGUUGUUAAGGAGCUUUUCUCGCUGUCUCCCUCGCGCCCUCUCGCGUUGCAACAAAUAAUAUUAUCGGUACUGAAACAGCUCAACGGUUGCUUGAUUGGCUGGGAGUUAAAAAAAUUCAGAGAAAUUUAUCAAUAAUAAAAAAAAUCUAACAUGCCAAUGAUGACAAUGAAAACAAGACAAUAAUACUGUAACGAUUUAUACACAAGAUUAUGUAAAAAUAAAGAAAUGUGAGAUGUUAGUGAGGGCUGUGUUGAUAUCGGAUGUCUUUUGACAUGAUGACGGCGGAAUCAUCGAGGCGCAGUAGACCCGUUUCCAUGGAAACUGGAGGGCUGCCGUUGGUGUCGACGUUUGCACUUCUAACUAUUGUUGCAGGUCACCUCCAAGGGUCAGGAUAUAGUGAACCAGAGCCAGAGUUCCUGUCGCCCUUGGAAAAUCUGACAGUGGCCAUGGGAAGAGAUGUGCACUUUACUUGCAUUGUGAAUCAUCUUGGCACAUAUAAGGUGGCAUGGAUAAAAUCUGACACGAAGAUGAUCCUCGCCAUACACACGCAUAUGGUCAACUUGAACCCUCGUCUGUCUGUCACACACAACGGCCACAACACUUGGAAACUGUACAUCAGUAACGUGGAACCAAAGGACUCCGGUUCUUAUAUGUGCCAAGUCAACACGGACCCUAUGAUGAGCCAGAUGGGUUACCUCUCCGUAGUAAUCCCACCAGAUAUUGCUGACGAGGAUGGGUCAGAAGCAAGCGCGCCGGAAGGCGGUUCAGUGGAACUUCGCUGCACCGCUACAGGAGUACCACUUCCUAAUAUAUCUUGGAGGAGGACGGAAGGAAGAAAUAUUGUAUUUAGAGACAGCAACGGAAAGGAAACCAAAGCUGUGGAUAGCUACGUAGGCUCCACGUUGUUAUUGAAGGGCCUACAGCGUAGCGAUAUGGGUACCUACCUAUGCAUCGCAGCAAACGGCAUACCACCUACAAAAAGUCGACGGUACGAGGUGUCUGUACUUUUUGAGCCGAUAAUACGAGUGGACAGUCCAGUAGUACUACGCUCAAUUGAUAUGACAGUCAGCUUACAAUGCUACGUUGAGGCAUCACCUAAGUCCCUCAAUAGUUGGCAGCGAGAUAUGUCAGAAGCUGGUGGGAGACUACUAAACGGUGCAAAGUACACCAUAUCAGAGCAAAUUAUAAAUGAAUAUUCAUUACGAAUGAAUUUGACCAUUAACCGGCUGAGGAAGAGCGACUUUGGGGAGUACGUUUGCUCGGCUGUCAAUGCGUAUGGAAAGACUGAGGGAACAGUUACAUUAAAAGAAACACCACAACGCACCACGACGACUACAACAACAACAACCACAACAACAACUGAGCCGCCAACAACAACAACGACGACAACGCGCCCACCAAAACGCCACCUCAAGAAGCCGCACGAACGCGUCAACCAGAACACCCUUGAUUCAGACAUGCGUCAAGCUGAACUCAACAACGCAUUCAAUUUCUACAAUAUAAACGCGUACAGCCCAGCCAAUAACAGCCACAACGAAUAUGCCCAAAGGACUGAGCGACAAAAAGUACGCCCGUCUGGACCGCCUCGACCUCAUGUCGUGUACAAUAAAGCUAACCGUUUACAUCACCUAUCCAUCUUCGACCUACUCGCUAAGAUAAUAAAACUCGUUGUAUAAAAAUAUUUUACUUAAUAUAUACCAAUUUUACUAUAUAUAUUACACUACUAGGUAGUGGAAACAUGGCUGUUGAAUUUUGUAAGUACGUAUAUUGAGGUUGUUGUAAGUUAGUACAUCCAAUGUUGACAUUGUUGUGUACAUUUUGAGGGUUCAUAUUUUCAGCCUUAUUUGUAAAUUGAGACAAUAAAGAAUGGAUAAUCAAUUCGAUAGUGAUGAUCCUAUAAAAUAAUUUUGUAAGAAUUAAUUGGAUAUUGCAUCUUAAAAUCGUAUUUAAUUUGAAUCUUGAAGAAAUUACAUAUUCAUUUUACUUUAAUAGACUUUUAAACUGUACCUACGUAUUGUAUUAAAUAUGAUGAUGUCAACUCUAUUGUUUUUGAUAUUCUAGUGAUUUUUUUUUUAUUAUGGACUUAAUAUAUAUAUUUAUAUAGGUAUUAGUUCCUUUUUAUAAUGGAGUUAUAAAUUAUAAUUCAGUUUCAUUAUAAUACACAAUAUUGAAGUUUCAUUAAGAAUUGAGUACACUCUAGGGUGCUAAGCCCAUAAAAUUAAAAAAUAUCACGAAUAUCAUAUCAAUUUUCACAAUAUAUAUAUACAGACAAUCGUACAAAGUCAUAGUACGAUCAUAUAAAUACGAAAGUUAAAAACAUCCGAUUUAUAUACCUAAUCAACUAAAUACUAUAUAUUAUCAACUCACUAUUUUCUAUUAAUUCAAUCAUAUUAUUUGAAAUAAUUAAUAGUUUAAUAUAAUCUAGAUAAUUAAUGCGUUCUAAUAUUUUUAUUUAUUUCAUAAUUAUAAAUAAAUGAUUAAUUAAACAACAAUUUUAAUUAUUUACAGUUCAUUACAUUUUAAAGUAAGAAUUUAAAUUUUAAAGAUAAAUCAUUAGUGUGAGACAACAAAAAUUAAAAAAAAUAUCGUUUGCUUUUUUGAACAGGAAUUAAAAAGUUGAUCAUGAUAUAGUGGCCUUGAAUUAGUCAGGUUUUAUACAAUAAAAACUUGUAUUAGUUCAUUCUGUAUGAUUUUUAAUACUGUAAAUAUAAUUUUCUAAUUGUUCAUGAAUAAAUAAUACAUAAUUGUAAAUUAAUAUUUUAGAAAUCUGUAUGACAAUACGAUUGUAAAGACAAUAGCCCGUAGUAUUAAGUAUUAAUAUAAUAAAUAAGAUAGACCAAUAUAAGUAUCAUUAGAUUCUGAAUAACUGCAUGUAUAGACAUAGAAAAUAUAAUUUAUUUGACCGAUUUAGCAGAAUUAUUUUAAAUUUUGCUCAAUAAUAUAUUAACAACGAACGUUAAUAUGUUUUAAAAGAGGCUAAAACAAUAAAAAAAUGAACAUUUUCAUUAACAACAGGAUAAACAGAUUAAAACUUAAUUACAAGAUCAUAUAUAAAUGUUCUUCAUAAUUAUAAAAAAAAAAUUGUAAAAUUUAUUAAUUUUUGCUAUCAAUUGUUUUUAUUUCAAACAAUUAUCAAAAUACUUAAAGUAAAAUUAUACGAAUAAUGAAUAAAAGUAAUAUUUUCAAAAUCACUGGUUAUAAAUCUCAAAAAGGAGAGUGCUAGAUAUAAAAUGUAAUAAUGUAAUAAAUUUAUGUCUUCCGGAUAGUAUAUUAAAAUAAUAUAUUUGGCUCACUCAAGUUUAUAUAUGAGUUUUAAGUGGUAGCAAGCGGAGUUCCUUUUGGACUUCAUAUAAAAGUAGUUUAUAUAAGUAUUGAGAAAGAAUUUAUCGUAGCGAUAGUUAUGAGAUUAUGAAUUUUGAUAAGUAUAAAAAUUCUACUGUAAAAAUAUUCUAUUUAUGCAUGUAUUCUAUUGCCUAAUGAAUCUAUUUAUAAUAUUGUAUAUGAGUGUUUUGUUCAAUUUUAUUGGAGUAGUAAUUAUAUUAAAUGAGAGACUUUAGUUGAUGCUAGGUUCGCGGUGUAUGAUAAAAUAAUAUGACAAAGGUAUAAAUAUAAUAAAAUCAUAUUAUAUAAAUCAAUUUCACUAUGAAUAUUAUGAGUUUUUUUUUUUUUAAAUCUGUUUAUCCAAACAGCUAUCUUUUAUACAUUUUUUUUAUUAGGUAUAUGAAUGUAAACAGAUCAUGUGAUCAUGUAGUUUGCUUGUCACCUAAUGUCAACUUAACAACUCAAUUAACUGUCACAAAAUUGGGCUUGUGUAUGUAUUUGCGAUUUAUAGACGAUAUUUUUUAUCCUGGUCAAUAAAUAAUAUCAAGUAAUAAUUACAAGAGUUAUGUAUAGCUGAAUAAUAACAUAAUAAUAUUUUUAUAUAAUAAUUAUCGCUUGAACUUACGUGUGUCGCGUAACAGCUUCUCAAGAUUAAGGGUUCCGAAUGGUCUCGAAACUAGUCGAACUUUCCCAAUCAAAUUACACGUAAGUGAAACCGGUAGUUAUUAUAUUAAAUUAUAAUGUGUACUUACGAAAAUUUUAACAAUAAAAUAACAUAUUAAUUUGCGACAUAAUUGUAUAUGUUUUACACGUGAUGACCUGUUAUUUUUUCAAUAAGUGAUUUCCCGGCAAUGGAACGUAGCGUAUUCAUAUCCCGUAGAUAUCUAGUGUUUAUUUAUAUAUGUAUUAACAAUACCAUGUCGAAACGGAAAUUAGAUACGUAAAAGUAAAGGAGACAUGUUUUCGAAUUAUCAUAAUAGAAAAAUAGUACAUUAUAUUAUUCGUAAAUAAUUUGCUAAUAAGUGCAAAUGAGAUGGAUACCCAAGAAGAAUAAUAUUAUUAUAAUAAAAACAUUACUAAGUAUUUUAAAAGUUGUAACAACUUAUAAACAAUGGAAUAUGUAAAUAAUUAUGUUAAAAUUUCCUCAUAUGUGUAUAAAGUAUAUGCAUCACUCUGGAAAAAAUUUUUUCCAAUUUUUGUGUUUUAAAGCGUCCUACUUUGAC